GCCCCCUCUCCGUACCCCCACCCCCGUCCCGCAGCCCUGCCUCCCGCCUCCGCCCUCAGCCCCGCUGCUCCAGCUGCUGUAGCCGCCGCCGCCGCUGCCUGCUCUCCGGUGUCCGCGUCCGGCUCCCCCACUCAAUGUAACACCAUGACGGGCAUCGCCGCUGCCUCCUUCUUCUCCAACUCCUGCCGGUUCGGGGGCUGCGGGCUGCAGUUCGACAGUCUGUCCGAGCUGAUCGUGCAUAUCGAGGACAAUCACAUCGAUACAGACCCUCGGGUGUUAGAGAAACAGGAACUGCAGCAGCCAACCUAUGUUGCCCUGAGCUACAUCAACAGGUUUAUGACGGAUGCGGCGCGUCGGGAGCAGAAGAAGGUCCAGCCCAAACUCAGCCUAUCACUGGCAGGGGGCAUGGCCAGGAACAACGUGGCCACGCCUCCACGGCACAGCAGCGGCAGCCUGACCCCCCCCGUGACCCCGCCCAUCACCCCCUCAUCCUCCUUCCGCAGCAGCACUCCGACAGGAAGCGAGUAUGACGAGGAGGAGGCGGAGUUUGAGGAGUCUGACAGCGACGAGUCGUGGACCACGGAGAGCGCCAUCAGCUCCGAGUCCAUCCUCAGCUCCAUGUGUAUGAACGGGGGCGAGGAGAAGCCCUUCGCCUGCCCCGUCCCGGGCUGCAAGAAGAGGUACAAGAAUGUUAACGGUAUAAAGUACCACGCUAAGAAUGGCCACCGGACGCAGAUUCGCGUUCGCAAACCCUUCAAGUGCCGCUGCGGGAAGAGCUACAAGACCUCGCAGGGCCUGCGCCACCACACGGUCAACUUCCACCCGCCGAUACCCACCGACGCCAUCCGCAAGCUGCAGCCCUAGCGCCGGUCGCCAUGCCGACGCCAUCCGCAAGCUGCAGCCCUAGCGCCGGUCGCCAUGCCGACGCCAUCCGCAAGCUGCAGCCUUAGCGCCGGUUGUCAUGCCGACGCCAUCCCCGAGCCGCAGCCUUAGCGCCGGUUGUCAUGCCGACGCCAUCCCCGAGCCGCAGCCUUAGCGCCGGUUGUCAUGCCAACAUCAUCCUCCAGCUGCAGCCAUAGUGCCAGUUGUCAUGCCGACAACAUCCACAAGCUACAGCCACAAGCGCUGGACGCCAAUGCCAACAACAUUCGCUAGCUUUAGCUGUAGCGCUGGUCGCCGUGCCAACACCACUCCCCCUCGUUUCUAUGCCACACUACAGGUUUAAGUGCAUGAUUUAGAUUUUUUUUUUCUCUUUUUUGUGUAUUUUCAGGAUGAUGCAUCUUUUUGUAGUUUUGUACAUUUGCACAUUUGACCUGUGACUUCUCACCAUGGUGCUAAUCAGGCAAAGAGAUAGAAAAAAGAAAGGGAGGAAAAAAAGUCCGGGAGGAGAGAGAGGGCUGGAACCCGGCUCCUGCUCCCGGGCGGG